AUGGAGGAGGAGAGGAUGACGAUGACGGAGACGAUCUUGAGUCUCACUAUGGAGAUCAUCUACCUGCUGCUUGGAGAGGAAUUCUCAAUAGUGAAGAGGACAUCUGACAAUCAUGUGACCCUCGGUAGCCAAGCCCGUGCGUCAGAAGGAUGGAACAGGGGCCAGGCCCCCACUAUGGAGCCUUCUCCCGAGAGGGAUGACAAGAAGAUUCUGGAGGUCAUCAACAAGAUCAUCAUGGUUCUGACAGGAGAGGUUCCUCUCCGGUGUCAGGACGUCGCCGUCUAUUUCUCCAUGGAGGAGUGGGACUAUUUAGAAGGACACAAGGAUCUGUCUGAGGACAUCAUGAUAGAGAAUCUUCACCUCUUCACAUGGCCAGACGGCCAACACAACAGCCCUAACAUCGAGGAAGUCCUGAUCACUUCUGACAUAGAAGACGAUGACAUCACCUCCAAUUCCUCAGACGGAACCCCCAUCACCCCGUAUUUCCAUCCGGGAACUUCACAGUGAGGAUCUGUCAUCGGAUCCCUCCAUCCCUGGGGGGUUUUUAUCCCGAUUCCGCACCCCCCACCACCUAUCCUACGGCUCGUACUGAUGAAGGUUUCGCCGAGAAAGCCGAAGUCGCGCCUCCGCAGAGAGUCCGCACCAUGCAGAAGCUCCAUCCUUGUCCCGAGUGUGGGAAAUGUUUUCCCUGCAGCUCAAGCCUGACCAGACACGAGAGGGUCCACACCGGGGAGAAGCCGUAUUCCUGUCCCGAAUGUGGGAAACGAUUCCCCCAAAAGUCGGCUCUCAUCAGACACGAAAGCAUUCACACGUCAACGGGUGAGAAGCCGUAUUCCUGCCUCAGGUGCCAAAAAAGCUUUUCCCGUAAAUCUGCUCUUCUCAUACAUGAGAUCGUCCACACGGGGGAGAAGCCCUAUUUGUGUUUCAAGUGCGGGAAAUGUUUCCCCCGUAAAUCGGAUCUUGUCAUUCACGAGCGAGUUCACACGAAGGAUAAGCUGUACACGUGUUCCGAGUGCGGGAAAUGUUUCUCCCAGAAAUCUGAACUGAUUAAACACAAAAGAGUCCACACGGGGGAGAAGCCAUAUAUGUGCUCAGAGUGCGGGAAGUGUUUUUCUCAGAAAUCCAUCCUUAACAGACACAAAAGAGUUCACACGGGAGAGAAGCCGUUUUCGUGCUCGGAGUGCAGCAAAUGCUUUUCCCGCAAAUCGUAUCUCAUGGUGCACAAGAGGGUGCACACGGGGGAGAAGCCGUAUUCCUGCCCAGAGUGCGGGAAAUGUUUUUCUCACAAAAUGGCUCUUAACAGGCACGAAAGCAUCCACACGGGGGACAAGUCAUAUUCGUGUUCUGAGUGCGGGAAAUGUUUUACCCAGAAA